GGGAAGGAGAAUUUAAUAUCAAGCAAAUGAAUCAGGGGAUAUCCAUGGAGUUGGGAGGAGGGAGGAGGCCUCAAGGUGGAAGCAACGGACCUGAAAGGGAAUCCCAAGUUUUAAGUAACAUUACAGCCUGCCUGUGAUUAGCAAUCCUCCGAGAGCAAAGCUGGCCCUUAGGUGGGCGAGGGCUUUCUGAUAGAGAACAGAUUGGGUGUUGAUAGGGCGAAGGGGCAGUGUUAGGUAGUGUUGGAAGCCUAGAAGCCAGGGUACCCUUCUCCACCCCCAACUGCCACCGUGUAACUCAGGGACUGGCCUGCUCCGAGGCUGGAGGACGGGCGAUACGACCCUUCCAGCCUUUUGCACAGGGUACAGGAGUCUCCAGGCAGGUCCUCUAGGCAGUGCCCCCUCCCCCAUCCUGCGGCUCCGCCCCCGGACCUCCCACCCGGCGGGGGGCUACUGGGCGGGCGACCCGAGUCCCGGUGGGCAGAAGGAAAGGGAGGGGGUGGAGGAGGCGGGGCGGGGGCGGUGCUGAGUGGGAGCCGGAGCCUAAGCCGGAGCCCGAACCCCAGCCGGAGCCGGAGCAGGAGCGGAGCUUAACCGCCACCGCCUCUUGGUCCCAGCAGUCGCCUCCUUCCCUGUCCGGACCGGUCUCGGGGUGGCAGCAGUCGCAGCCUCCGGUCCAGUCCAGCUUGGGCCAGCCCGAACCUAGAGCCCGGCCCAGUAUGGCAGCAGAGGCCCUUAUCCCCGGUCCCAGUCGUUUCCCGGCUCGGUUCAGCGCCCAGCUCCGCCUCUGAAGGACUCCAGACGGCGGUCCCUGGGAGCCCGGCGUCCCUGCUCCCAGCCCGCUUCCCCUACACUAGUUGAACUGCGGCCCGGACUUCCCGGAUCCCCCAAGUUCUGCACCCCUCUGCCUCUCUGCCUUUCUCCGCCGUGCACCCCGAUCUCCAGCAGCCGAAUCCCGUUCGCACUGCACCCUCGAGUUCCACCACCCGGAUACUUCAGCCUUGCGCCAGCCAUCCCCUCAGCCCUCUCUCCUCCCCCUCUUCCUGCACUAAUCUACCCCACUUCAUCUCCCCUCGUCCCGCAUCCUCGGCCCCUCCAGGGCCCAGAUCCCCGCUGGCCUCCGAUCCUUUCCCGAGCUCUCUAGUUCUAAGACCUGGGACUCCCGAGUCCUCCUCCACUCCCGGACUCGGGGUUCCUCGUAGUCGCCCCCACCACCUCCACUCCCCCCUGAGCUCGCGCCCCCAGCGGCGGCGCCAUGGCCAAGGACCAACUGCGGCCCCGGCUGUGCCGGAUGAUCAAGGGCGAGCAGGGCUACGGUUUCCACCUGCACGGAGAGAAGGGCAAGAGCGGCCAGUUCAUUCGCAAGGUGGAGCCGGGCUCCCCCGCGGAGGCGGCGGCUCUGCGCGCCGGGGACCGACUGGUGGAGGUGAAUGGGGUCAACGUGGAGAAGGAGACGCACCUCCAGGUUGUACAGAGGAUCAAAGCUGUAGAGGGCGAGACCCGGCUGCUGGUGGUGGACAAAGAGACAGAUGAGUACCUGGCCAGCCUGCAUCUGACUUGCACAGAAGAGAUGGCUCAUCGUGGGGUUCUGCCUUCAGCUCCCACAUCCCCCCAGGAUAAUGGCAACUUGUGGGAGCCUCAGCCUGAGCGCCGGCCUCCCAGGGCUCUGGGGGGCAGCAGCUUCAGCAGCCAGAAGGAUGUGCCCGGAACUCCCCGCGAGCUGCGCCCACGUCUCUGCCACCUCCACAAAGGCCCCAACGGCUACGGCUUCAAUCUGCACAGUGAGAAGUCCCGGCCCGGCCAGUACAUUCGUGCCGUGGAUGCUGGCUCCCCCGCUGCCCACUCUGGCCUUCGAGCCCAGGACCGGCUCAUCGAGGUAAACGGCCGGAAUGUGGAGGGACUUCGUCAUGCUGAAGUCGUGUCCAGCAUCAAGGCCCAUGAAGACGAGGCCCGGCUGCUUGUGGUUGACCCUGAGACGGAUGCCUAUUUCAAGAGGCUACGGGUGGUGCCCACUGAAGAACAUGUUACGGGUCCACUGCCUUCCUUGAUUACCAAUGGGAUGAGCCCACCCCAGAUCAAUGGUGGCUCUACUUGUUCAUCUCGGAGUGACCUGCAGAAUGUGGAUAAGGACACAGAGGACAAUGACAUGGCCAAGAGGGACCCAUUCCAGGAGAGUGGGCUCCACCUAAGCCCCACAGCGGCAGAAGCCAAGGAGAAGGCCCGGGCAAAGCGAGUCAACAAGAGAGCGCCGCAGAUGGACUGGAACAAGAAGCGAGAGAUUUUUAGCAACUUCUGAACCCCUGUUCCUUCCCCAUCCCCCCACAGCCAGCAGCUCCUCCUGCUUCUCCCUGAAGGAAGGGAACUAGGGAACUCCCUGCCAGGAGACACAGGCUUUGAGCUCCACUGCCCCCCCCCCCCCUUCCUGAGGCCAGAGCUUCAGUGGAGUCUCCAACCUGUGUCUGAGGAUCUUCUGGCUAGGUUGGGAUGCGUGCGUUCGGGGAGGGGGGCUUCCUCUUGGUCCCAAGGAUUUGGCCUGGUCUGUUCUCCCCCCCCCCCCCAAGUCCUACUGCCUGCCUGCUCCUGCCUCACCUUGCUGCUGGAAGAGCCACUUCCCUCCUACUAUCCCUCCCUCCCUCCCUCCCUUCCACGGGAACCUCAGUGAGGCAGGACCAGAGAAUGGGUCUUGGGAACUGGACCCUUGCUGAAGCUCCUGGUGUUUGUUCUUGUCUGUCUGGGGACAUAUUUAUUCCCUGAGAGGAGGACAAGAGAGAGAAAGAUCGAGCUACAGAGCCAGAGAGACCCAGACAAAGAAAGAUAGAGGCACAGUAAGAGAGACCCUUUAUUGUUGUUUUUUCAUUGGCCAGUGGAUUUAAGGGAAUUUUUGUAUUACACAUGUUUUCAUUUACUGCCAGGAAUCUCCCCUCCCCCUAUAGGGACUCUCUCUCUCUCUCUCACUGUCUUUCUCAGGCAGCAAAACAAACUUCUCUGCAGUCCUUUCCUUCCCCAACUCCCUUCCCCCAAUCGCUAUUCCUCUCCUGUUAAAGUCCCAGGGAUCAGGGGGACCACAGCCAGAACUGACAGCUGAUGAGCCCUGUGGGUGGAUGGAAGGAAAGGAAGCUCAUUUGGGGCAAUGAGCCAACCUUGCCCAGUUUGGGGUCUCUCAGGAGGUUGCUUGCUCCAUCUGGGGAUGCUGGAAAUAGCUCAAGAGACUAUCUUAGGUCCCUGGAGGCAAGGAGGGGCCCUAGAACUGAGGGGUCUCCUGCUCCUUGUCACCUGGGUCUGGGUCUCUCUGAGUGUGCUGCCUGCCUUUGCUAUGUGUGGGCCUAGAACCCAGGUCAAGGCCUGAUCAGUGGUGGGCCACAGGCCCACCCCAUUCUGCAUGAGCCUCCCUGAGCAGUUGGCUGUUUCACCCACAAGACCCUCCAGCAUCUGUUCUCCGAUGGAUGGGUUGAGCUGGUGACCAAGACACCCUCAGCUUCUGCAUUUCCCGGCCUGCUUAUCAGAUUGGCUUCUUCAAUGCUUUCAAGCCCUUCCCCAUGACAGUUGCCACCCCCCUUCCUUGGACAGCUUCUUGCCUUGGAUCCUGGAGGGCAAAGUACUCCAGACUCUUUGGGAGUUUCUUUUUCCCAGUUGCUGAUUUGAGCUGCAGACAGUCAUUUGGGCUGGGGACAUCUGCUUUGGACCCUAUUGGGGUGAAUUAUUGAAAUGCCUUUUGGGGUCUCCUCCUCUUCCUCAAAGCCACUGCCAACAGAAAGCCUCCUAGAAAGCCUGAAGCAACCAGGACAUUUUGUGGGAAAGGGCCUGGCCUGGAGGAAGAUGGUACCCAGGGGCUCAGCUGGAGAAAGCUUCUGUAAAUGUUGAAAAAGGUGCUUUAGAAUUGUCGGGGGUAUCCCAGCCCAUUCAGGGAGGGCUGAGCUCUGGGGGGUAGCUUGGGGAGGGGGAGGAUCUUAGGAAAGUGCUCUAGGCUGGGGAGAGGAGUCAGAUUUGCUUUGGUUUGUUGGUUUUUUUGGGGAGGGGAGUGAAGAUGGAGUGAGGAUAAAAUGAGGGUGUAUCAUGAUGAGAUUGGGGGCAGGGGUCUAAUGCACAGCAGCAACUGGGAUUAUAGUUCUGGGGUCAACCAGAUCUGCUCGAGAGUUUGGGUUUGGGGGUUUUACGCCCAGACAUUCCCUGAGGAACUGAGUCACACAUUGCCUGGAGAAUCCUCUCCUGGUUGUUUGGUGCUCCUGGAAGAGACAACCAAUGGAUGGAGUGAUUCUGGCAGUUAGCCUAUGAGUUGAACUCACUGUCAUUGUGGUAGCAGUUGCUCUAGCUUCCACGUAUAGGGCUUGAACCUGCCUGAAGCCUGGGUCUUCCAUCCAUGUAAAAAGCAAGCCACCGAGCACACUGUCUCUUCUUCUGUGCAAGGGCCAAACCUUGUGGGCGCAGCCUCCUUUGCCCACAGACCCAAGAGAGGGCUUAUGGUGGGACUUAUGGUGGGGAAGGCAGAACCAAUGUUGCUACUCGGCUGAAAUCAGAUAUGCACGAUUGCAAAAUUAAGCUGCCCACUGAUAGGGCACCCUAGAUCGCCUAUCUCUCUUUCUUGUAGUGUGAUAGUAAUAACUCUUCCUUCUCCUCCCUCUCCUUACUCUGAAAACCAAUGCGAGUAUAAGCUGUCGGCAUUGUACGCUGUAAUGUGCACUAUAACAUCAAUAAUAAACUUGGAAUUGCCAUGUACAGUAAA